AUGCCUAAGAUGCCUGCCACACCCCCUCAGCCCUCAGCGGCAGAACAGCAAGUGAAACAAACCGGCGAUGCGGCUGGCGGUGUCGACCAGGAGGCUGCUCCGGCACCUGCCGAGAGUACGGAGAGCAACUCAAGCCCUCCUGCGACGGAGAAAGAUGAAGAGAAUGAGGUUGAGGAAGAGGAAUCCGAAGAGGCAGACGACGAAAAAGAAUUCGCAGAGAAACAGGCGGAAACCCUUCUAGACGAGGGAAAGGCUCUCUUCCGCAGCAGAAACUGGGCAAAAGCUGCCGAGUACUUCUCCCGGGCCGUAGAGAGGAAAGUGACAGAACUCGGCGGCGCUGACUUCCACCCCGAACUCAGCACGUACUACCUGUGGUUUGGGGACGCGUUGCUGACCAAGGAAGAGCAGAAUGCAGAACUGUUUCAGUUCGACAAGACGAAGCAAGAAGCCGCGGAGUCGGGCGCACCUUCGUCAGGUGCCGAGUCUUCUGCGUCGUCGUCCUCGGCGAGUGGUAGUUCUUCGUCGACAGAAAAAGGCGCGCACUCUGAAGAGGAGGUUCCGGGCGGGAAUGCCGCCGGAAAGGUUUCUGAUGAGGAGCUGGCAUUCGAAAUGUUGGAGAUGGCGAAAAGGUGCCUUCUAAAGAAGCUGGAGAAGUCCCCGCCUCCGGCUUCGUCGGCCUCUUCUUCCUCAGUCCAGGCCGAGGACGAGAAAGGCCAAGCGAGCAAAGAGUCUGUUGUACACUCGGAUGUCAUCGAUCUCUCUUUCGCGUACGUCCGCCUCGCCGACAUGCAACUGAUGAACGAGAGAUACGACGAAGCGGCCCAGGACUACAGAGAGGCCGUAUCGCUUCGAGAGCGAUAUACAUUGCCCGAGCAGACGCUCAUGGCUCCACUCCUUUCGUUGGCCCAAGCCACGUUUUUCAGCGGGAAGAAGAAAGCCGCCUUGGAUGUUUUCAAGCGAACACUCUCCAUUGGGAAACAGAUAAAGGAAGGAGAGCUGGGGAUGCCAGACGGCAUGACCGCAGAAGCCCUCGCAGACACCAUAGAAGAUUUGCAACUUCAAGUAACAGACGUAGAGAGGCAGAUAGCCGAAGACGCAGCUGCCGGCAUCACUAGCGACGAGGCGGCGACAAAAGGCAGUCAGUGCGCUGCGCGUGAAUACAUUGCGACAACCACGUCGACAUUUGAUGCUCCUCAGUUAGAUCCGUCUUCCACAAAAGUCGUUCGAGUUUCUAUUCGGCCCAGCUCCGCCCCCGUUUCGGUCGUCGGUGGAGUCCCCAAGACAGAAAGGCACGACGAUGAAGAAGAGAGCUUCAGACACAGCCCGAAAAAACGAAGGAUUGAUCUAAGGCAACUGCAGAAUCUGGCUGAACAGAAGACAGCCAAGGACGAAGUGCAACCUAAAGUAGAGGAAGAGACAGCUAAGGCAGAAGAAGCAAAACCUGAGGCGGACAAAGUGAAAAUUAAAGACGAAUGA